AUGGUUGGCGAAUUUGAUAAUUACUGGUGGGAGGACGACAACGUUACAACACUCUGUGGCGGGACUUGUCAACAGGACGCGUCCACCUGGAUUGACAGCAUCACCAAUGACUGCUACGAUCAGUAUCUUACUGCGUACGGCAAACUCGUUCCUGCGUACUCCAUAGCUGAUCGCUUCAUUGAUGGACUCAACGUUGCAUGCCUUGCUUCUGAUUCGGACACCCAUCAGUGGUGUCUAACAGAGUCACAAGAAUGGGUCGGAUCCGACAUCGUGAGGGCCGACUGUGCUGUAAAUCCGACAGAUCCCACUUGCAGCGGGAACUCGUCGUCGAUCCCAACUGAAAACGUCCGUAUGGCAAACUUAUACGAUGACGACACAUUGUGCAAUCCUUGCUUUAUCUGGAUGCUCUACAACCGCGUCACUUCGAGCUUCUUGACCGAGGCGGACUACUCAGACUACCUCGUCGAUCAGCUCCAGGAUAUCGAGGAUAUAUGUACCACCAAGCUUCCGGAAUUCACGAUCCGUGCCGUGCCCGAAUACGAUGCAGCACCCCCCCUGACCUCGGCCAACGUGGGCGACUCGAGCACUGCCACGACCACAACCUCCCCUGCAGCCACCACCUGUCCCGGACAGACGGUUUCAAGCGGCUCUGGCUGCGACUCCCUCUCAAACCAGUACGGUGUGACCACUGGGGAACUGAAGGCCAAGACAGGCAGCGAUACUUGCGUUGUGGGUGCCAGUACAUGCCUGCGCGCUGCUUGCAAAUUGCAGCAGGUCGCGAGUGGUCAAACCUGUGACACGCUUGCAGCCUCACUGAAGGUAACAACCGUUCAGUUCCUCAGCUGGAACAAGAAUAUCAUGGGCCUCUGUGAUGAUCUCACAGCAGGACAGUAUAUAUGCAUCACUGCCCCAGGAACCACAGGAUCGUUCGUGCUACCUCCCCCGCCACUGGGCACAGAUGCAGACGCCGGCAACCAGCAACGAGGGGGCCAAGGGGGAAUCGUCACCCCGACAUCAACGGCAACGACAACAGGCAACUCAGCCUCGGAAGGAGCCGGCGCCCCAUCUCCCACGCAAGACGGCCUGGUGAGCGGGUGCAACAACUUCGCGAUGGCCAAGGCCGGUGACACCUGCUUCGACUUCGCCGGCGCGCACGGCAUAAGCACCGGGCAGUUCUACGCGUGGAACCCCGUGCUCGGCCUCAACGGUGCCAACUGCACCACCAACUUCUGGGCCAGCGAGUACUACUGCAUCGGGGUCAAGGCCGCCCCGACGAGCACGGCGCCGGCCACGGCGCCCGGGCCGACGCAGUCUGGCAUCGUCAGCAACUGUAACAAGUUUGCGCAGGCGGUGUCCGAGGAUACGUGCGAUGUCUUCGCGUCGCGCAACAAGAUCACCGAUGCGCAGCUGUACGCCUGGAAUGCGGUGCUGGGCACCUCUGGGCAGAACUGCCAGACUUCGCUCUGGGCCCAGGAGUGGUACUGCGUUGGCAUCGCCCCGCCCCCUGCUCCUACGACGCCCGUGCCGGCUCCUGGUCCGACGCAGACUGGCAUCACAGCCAGUUGCAACAAGUACGCUAUGGCAGUGGAUGGGGAUAGCUGCGAUGUGUUUGCGUCUCUGAAUGCCAUUUCGAACGCCAAUCUGUAUGCGUGGAACACUGUCUUGGGGGCCAACGGGGCAAAUUGUGCGACGAGUCUCUGGGCCCAGGAGUACUACUGCGUAGGCAUCGUAUCGAGCUAG